GCCUAGCACGCCGCAUGGAAGCUCCAUUUAGCUGUAUGCGUCUAGCGGCUUUGCCACGGACUGUUUUUUUAGUACAGACUGUCUGGACUGGAUGGAAUUCACACCACGGCAAUCACACACACACACGUGCGCGCGCGCGGGCACGCACUUCGUACGCGCGCGCGAAACGGAGCUUCAAAGCAUCCUUAAUUUAGAUGUAGCGCUUGCUUAUAAUCUGCUGUCACCUUCAAUUUCAAUCGGAGGCACGAUUGCAUUGGCUGUUUUUUUGUUGUCUCUUUUUAUAAAUGUGCGCCCGCGCAGCUGAUAUAUAUGCAAAUGCUAAUUAAUUGGCAGCUGCCUAAGCACAUUCCAGCGCAGGCAAUGCCACCCUGGCGCGCGCAUCUGACUGGAUUUAAACGCAUCUAAAUACCCGAUGACAACACGCGGCACCUGCUCUGUUGCCUCUCAAAGGCGUGCUAAUUGAUUGCUGCGCCUCCCAGCCGCACAGGGCACACAAUACUCACACACAACAUUCGCACGCACACACGUGCGUGCGCCGGUUCGCUGAUGACGGACGCACGGUGACAACGCUCGUUAUGUAAUUAACACCCGCGAAGCUUUUUAUACGGAAACCUUAUAUAACGCAGCACUGAAUAUAACGUCGCUAUGUUGGGCAAUUUGCAAUGCUGUACACAGUAGAUCCAAAGUGGCACGAUCGCGAGGGAAUUCGUUCACGUGCGCGUGCGUGCGCGCGCGCGCCGCGAGUUCGUAAUGUCCGUGCGUUACUUUACUUAUUUAAGUCCGUCACCCGUGGCGGGGAGCGACAAUGCUGGGGUCAGCGCAGUCCGUUGCGAACCCGGCGACUCGGUCUUCAAUAGUUACCCGGUGCGGUGCGUAAACAACAGCACUGGGGAGACAAGGGCGGCCGGACGUGGUACUUGGCCACCCGACCCCCUCGUGAGCCAUUCCGGCCACAAGAGAAUUAUAAAGAACCAACCCAGAUUAACAAGCGUCAACCAAAGUGACUUUGAGCAAUACACCGUUUUGCAAAACCUCACCAUAACCAAUACCGGGCUCAUGAGUAUUUCACAAGAUGCAUUCCGAAACAACAAUCGUCUAAAAUAUAUAAAUCUGGCUAACAACAAAUUGACUCGCAUCUCAUGGAAGGUGUUCCAAGGGCUUCAGCUCAACCAACUGAAUUUGUCCGGGAAUCCCUUAGUGUGCUCUUGUGGCAUUUGGUGGCUGCAGCUCUGGUUGAAGAGAAACCCGGGCACUCUUGGGGGCCAACCCAGCUGCAGAUUAGCGGAGACCGACAGAGUCAUUCCUCUCUCAAGCUGGGCUGCCCCGGGCUGUGACGCUCCAGAGGUGCACGUGAGCAAGAGCAACAUCUUGCUGUUCGAGGGGGAGGACGACAUGGUGACGUGUAGCGCCACGGGCAACAUUCCGCUGCUGCGGUGGGAGUUCGCAAACCUGAGCUCCGUGUCUGAGCCGCAGAAGGAGAGUAAACUGGGCUCGGCGGUGUCCUUGCGAAUAUUUAACAUCUCGUACGAGGACAACAACAAAAACAUCACCUGUGCAGCCGAGAAUGCGGUGGGAAUGGCCAACGUCUCGGUGCAAAUCACCGUCCAAUACAUUCCGAAGAUCAUCUACCUGAACAAGGCAGAGAAGUACCACGUGUGGUGCAUCCCGUUUAUGGUGCGCGGGAACCCGCUGCCCACGCUCAGCUGGCUGUACAAGGGCGUGGACCUCAACGAGAGUCGCUUCGUCUCGCUGAUCGUGCACCCGCUGGGGCAAGACGGCCUAGAGGGCUGCUUGGAUAUGGACUUGGCCACCCAUCACAAUAACGGAAACUACACCCUGGUUGCGAGCAACAGCCUGGGCACUGUGUCGCGCACCGUCUACUGCCACUUCAUGAACAGCUCCGGUUUCCUUUCGGAAGAAGUCGUCAUCAAAAGCGACGGGCCAAUCUCACCGAACGCGACACGGGAGGAGCCAGAGGGCGAGGCAUACGGGGUGUACUUGGCAGUGAGCAUUGCGGCAUUUGCCUGCAUCGUACUCGCUGGAAUGAUCGUCCUUAUCAACAAGUACGGACGUUCCAAAUUCAACAUGAAAGGCUCCAGCAUGGUGGUGGGCGAGGAGGACUCCGCGAGUCCCCUGCACCACGUGGCUCACGGCAGCGGCGGCUCCGUGUCGUCCGGCGACGGCGGCUCUGACACGGUGCUCAUCGGCAUGACGCGCAUCCCCGUCAUCGAGAAUCCGCAGUACUUCAGCGACUCGCUGGGCCCCGGCAAGGACGCGCACAUGUUUGUGCCGCACAUCAAGCGGCAGGACAUCGCGUUGAUGUGCGAGCUGGGGGAGGGUGCCUUCGGCAAGGUGUACUUGGCCGAGUGCUCCAGCCUGGACGUCGGCCAGGAGCCGAUGCUCGUCGCCGCAAAGACUCUGAAGGACCUGAGCGAUGGGGCUCGGAAGGACUUCUACCGUGAGGCGGAGCUUCUCACGAACCUGCAGCACGAGCACAUCGUGCGAUUCUACGGCGUCUGCGUGGAGGGGGAACCCCUGAUCAUGGUGUUCGAGUACAUGAAGAACGGCGACCUCAACAAGUUCCUCAGGCUGCGUGGCCCGGACGCGGUGUUCAUGGGGGACGCCCCGCAGGCCGAGCCACGGCUGCUCAGCCAGGCCCAGAUGCUGAACAUGGGCAGCCAGAUCGCAGCGGGCAUGGCGUACCUGGCGUCGCAGCACUUCGUGCACCGAGACCUGGCGACGCGCAAUUGCCUCGUGGGCGCGGGGCUUGUGGUCAAGAUCGGGGACUUCGGCAUGUCGCGCGACGUCUACAGCACCGACUACUACAGGGUGGGCGGCCACACGAUGCUGCCCAUCCGCUGGAUGCCCCCGGAGAGCAUCAUGUACCGCAAGUUCACGGCGGACAGCGACGUGUGGAGCCUGGGCGUCGUGCUGUGGGAGAUCUUCACCUACGGCAAGCAGCCCUGGUACCAGCUCUCCAACACGGAGGUCAUCGACUGCAUCUGCCAGGGUCGCGUUCUGGAGCGGCCACGCAGCUGUCCCAUGGAGGUGUACGAGCUCAUGCUGGGCUGUUGGCACCGGGAGCCCCAGCACCGCCUGGGCAUCAAGGACAUCUUGGCUCGUCUCGAGAGCCUGGCCAAGAUGUCCCCCGUUUAUCUCGACAUCUUGGGGUGACCGGUGCCCUCUCGCCUUCGCUUCGCAAUGUGUUUUUUUUGUAUUUAUUGGUGGGGUGGGGGGGGUUGUUUCUUUUUUAAAAUGGGUUCCCUCUUUUGAUUGUAAAGGGAUGUAAAGUCUUGUUGUUGUGCGGAAUCGGUAAUCACAUUCGUCGUGUCUAGGGUGAGAGAGUAAGAUAAUUCGAAUUGAAUGUGGUAAAAUAAAGUACAUAUUACGAUCAUCUUACACGUAACCCUAAAACGUACUUCCCAAAAAGGGGAACGGGCUUCUUGGGAGAAGCUAUGAAUGGUCACACGUUGAGGCACGAUGCAUGAGAUAUUAAUGCUGUCAUGACAUUUCAAAUUCCCCUCCCUUUAAAAUCUUAAAAUGUUCAAGUAAAUUACAGUUACAUCAUUUGCAGGAGACAAGUUUGGGCAGAUUUUAGGCUCAUUUUCACGAGCCUUAUAUGACUUUCUUUAAAAGGUUUGGUAUUUGCUUCAAUGUUACGUGAGAGCAAAUUACCGUUGCUGCACGCGGUGGUUCAGAUUAAAUUUCAAAUUAAAUUUUCCAUUGCAGGCACCACACUGCGCAGAACUUGGCAGCGUGAAUUAUUUUUGCAAGCUUCUCUGCUCAAACUUGCUGCCGUCAGUAUUUCAGCAGUCACUGUUUGUAGGCAGUCACCAUCCUCGAUGGUAAAUUACUUCGCCAGAGUUUGGACCACCAGGCUUCAUUUCCUGCAUACAUUAUCUACAUCGGUGCAAAAGGUCAUUGUCAUCGAACUUUGAGCAUCGUUAGAUCUCCACACAUCAUUUGAAGAGUUUCAUCAGAACAACGAAUUUGAGGCGAGAAAAUUAUCAAACUAGGUGCGUUAGGGUGGGUUCUGGGAUUGCAAACUACAUUUUCAGAUUGGACAUAUCGAUAUGAAUGCACAAAAGAUAACAAAAAAUAUUAUCGUGUGUAUUUGUUAAGAGACAAGUUAUGCGUUGAGAAUAUCAGUGUCAUCACGCAUAAUCAGUCCGAUUCUCCUGGGCAUCGUCAUCAUCAUCAUCAUCGUCGUCAUCAUCCAUGAGCAUCUAAAGUCGAUACAAAAAAAACCUCUCCCGGGUGACCUCGUUCACCAAGAGGGAACGGCGAAGCAUUCGUAGAGAUUUUCUACAAAGCGUGGGGGAGGCCCUCGCUCCCCAUGCCACCCUCGUGACAAACACGAGAACCCCAUUUGGCGUGCGCACCAGCCAGCCAGCCAAAUGGACUGCACCUCGCUCGCCGAUGCAUACAGAUCAAUUGGCGGCGGUGGAGGGGGGGUGCGGUGGUGGGGGGGGGGGAGGGGAUGGCAAGCCCUGCAUAUAUUUAUCGAUUGGUUUUAUUUCGUAAAAGAGUGCGCUUUGGCACCGCGUCGCAGAGUCAAAUGUCGCGCGACUCUCCGCCCGCGGAUCUUGGUGACCGCGCGACGUGGGGGGCGAUUGGGGAGGGUGGUGAUGGUGGUGGUGCCAUCGCAAGGAGGUCGCCGGCGUGGGGCGUGGGCACGCCGGCGACCGUGGCUUAGCUUGCCCGUUGGGUUACGGCCAUGGCAUCACCGCGAGCGUUUGAACGUGCAGGAGUCCAGGGCACGCAAUGAGACAUCCGAGAUGCGAAUAAUAAUAUAAUCAGAUGUCCGCCGCAUUGUGUCGCGCGGCGGAGAAGGCUCGUGUGGCCGGUCACGCAGAACCUUGGGGGCUCUAAAUAACCGGCUAAAGGUAACUCAAUUGUGAGUACUACAAAGGACGCUACGAGGUCCUGUCUUGUUUAUCAAGCCUACAAUUGUACGUCGAAUGGAAUAUAUAAUGUACAUCUCUCCUAACUGUGUCAGUUUCCGGCGAGAAGAAAAGCGUCUUUUUGAAAGCGCUACUAGAUCGCCGCAAAUUACUUUAACGUCGUUGUGUCUGCCUACUAAAGCUACUGUGUAUUCGGCUAUUAGCGUAAUGUACGAUAGUCAUAGUCUUCAAUUGACUCUAGCGUUAUUCAUAGAAGUAUAUGUGUUAUUUAAUUCAUUAUGAAGACGUCUUAACUGGGUUAAAAAAAACUAUUUAAAAAAACUAAACAGUUAAAGAUAUACUUAUCAGCUAUCAUAACAUAUUGCACAUUUCAGUAUUACUAAACCCGACGUAUUGCAUUUAAAUCGAAAGCAUCAUGUUAAGUAAACACAGGUUUGUACUCUAUUGAGAAGAUGCAUGGGCUGUGUGCAUUAGUGACAUAUGUUGGUUGCAUGUAGCGGUUUAAUUUACUAUCACCGUCAUGUUUUACAUUACAGCGUUGUGCACAUUUGGCGCGGUGUUCAACGGGUGAAGAGAGGAAAAAGUAAUGAUGAAUAUGUUUCGAACGUGUUCUCUGAUGAAUGUAACGCACAGAAGUUUUUUUUUCUUUCUGAGAUUGGGUCGGUGUUUGCUAAACACGGACCGCAUUCUGACACAUCCAAGCUCGUGAAAAUUGGAAGAAGAAAAAAAACGUGACCGAAAGAGUGAAAUCAAGAGGAUCUGCUCGUAAUGCUUUGCGUGUUCGGUGUUACAGGGAUGAUCUGCACGGCAGUCCGACAGAAAGCUGUCGUCUUACACAUCGGCUGAUACCCACGGCAGUGACAAUGCUCUGCGGUAUUGCUAUAAUGUCUCCUUCCGCAAAUACAAAGGAGACAUCACAGCGAUACACCCCGCUGCUCCUGACACCGUUGUCUGGCUUAAACCACCUGAAUGUGAAAUUGUUGUUGUUGCUCUGCAGCUACAUCAGCAGCCGUACGCGUGAUGAAGAAGAAGAAUGCUCUGCUUGCAGCACCGAUAUCAGUGCAAGGCAGAUGACGCGUUGGAGCCGGUCCUAUGUACGCCGCGUUGUUUUGUAACGCAUUGUGAAUUCGAGCUGCCACGUGCUCCGUGCAUUACCCAGCGCUUUCUUAUUGCUCAUCGGUGAGAAAGUCGUAUGCGGCCCGCAUACCACCCGCUAUUGUGUCCAUGCUUACAAGCGUGCAAAUUAAAUCGUGAAAUUGUAAAUGACGAGCAAUAAGAAAAGGCUCCCUAAAAUAAGGAAUAUAGCAUGUUUUGGAUGAUUGUAGGAAUAAUCGUGAACGAUGACCAAGUUGUUGAGCUCUUCGGUGUGUGUUCAGGUUGUACCGCGUGUUGUUCGGGUUUUAUGUCCGACGUUUCGCUCCAUGUACUGGUUAUUCUUCAGCAUCUGCUUCAGUUCUUGAAUAAUAAUAAUAAUACUCAUAAUAAUAUAGUACAUUUGGUAUUUGCGCCAUUCUCAUAGUACAAAGCUACCGCGAAGGCAUGAUGUUUCACAGACGUAGUCUGCAGUAGUUUCACAGUAGGGGGCGAUGUUGCUGUGCGGAACCCCAAUUGAGUAAUUAAAGUGAGUAAUUAAAGUGGGUAAUUUUCAACUUUUGCUAAAUUUGGACCAGGACACCAAACACACUAAGACAUCAGGUUUGGAUCUUUAGCGCCGACUGUAGAAGCAGAUGGUGGGUAUUUUACGUGUAAUGCACUCGCAGUGAUUACCAGGGUGGCUUGUGUGGGGGUUCGAACUGGGAACCCCUGCAGCAAGCGGCGAGCGCGCUAGCGCCGGGCCUCGCCACUGCUCCCCACGAUGCUCUCAGCUCGCGUAGCGGAGGCGUCGGAUGUCGCACCAUAGCACACGCGGGUCCAGCCGAAGAAUAAUACAUCGGGAGAGCUAAACGACCAUAAUACCCACUGGGCACUGCAGUAUGACUCAGAUGUUAUUGAUGAAGGUGAUGAUGAUGAUGAUAUGUAUGACAAUAACGUGUAUAUCAAACCGCGGAAAAGGCAGAAGAGACUUACAACACGAAUGUAGGCAACAAAUGACAAGGACACCGAUGAGAAUGACAAUUAUGAACGGCAUAGCGAGAAGAAUUAUUAUGAAGACAUUACCAUAUAAUUCAUUUAAACUGAUCCCCAGAUCCUGUUACAACUUGACCCGUUUUGCCAACGACUGUUGCCACGGUUAUGGAAUUCUAAUUAACUCCUGGCAGUUUGGUCAGUCGAUUUAUUUGCUAAUGAGCCACUUAAAAUGGUUUACGUUUUUUAUUUGUUUAUUUAUUCACAGCUCACUUUAAUAUAUUGACAUGUAUAAUGUAUGUCGCGUUUUUUUGACUAAAUUAAAAUUCAAUAUUACAACAAUAAUCAAAUUGUGAUUCCGUGAUGCGUUUAAUGAAAUUAUUUCCAGCCCAGACGACCAAGGCCCUGCGUACAAAAUACUCGAGGCGAAACUAUGCCCCGUGCAUGCACAGUACAUCGAGAACAAUCCUCGUACUGUACAUGGAAAUGGUCGCACACAAAGUAUUUUCUGGUAAGUAUCACUGAAAUAUGUAAUUAGCGUGAUUACUUCUGAGCGCAUAAUCUUUUCCAUGUUCAAUAGCAAGCACAAUUCCAGUAUCAAUAUUUUCCCUCGUCCGCUGGCGUAUUAUAUUUGCUCGUGCUGGGCACAUAUUUAUCCCGCGACGUAGUAAAACAAAAAAAACCGACCAGCUCGUGCGCCAAAGAACACUCCGCAAACCCGAACGAGCGAGAUCCGCAAUUGAGAACGUCUCACGAUUGGAAUUAAAAAAAGGAUUCCGCGAAAAACCCGUGAAUGUCGAGAACGCUGGACACGCUUAACAAAUACACGCGCGCUUGGGGGCCGGGGGGCGACAGCGCAAGGAGCCGAGGUUUUGCAUUGCCCACGGGGGAAGCAGCACUCCUAAGACAUGGUGCAGGUGUCGUGCCCUCCUGCUGAUUCGGGUGCGUGCUCGCUGGAGCCACGUGGCCAUCGAUGACGCCAGGUUUAGUGACCCCCAUCGUCGCAUGAGCUGUGAGGGGUUGUGGGUGGGUGGGGGGGGGUGAGUCUGGCCAAACAGAUGAAUGAGGCUUCACCAUACAGCUCCUCAAAAUGUGCCCCGAACUCUUCCAAAAAGAAUGUCACUUGCCAAUUAUUUUUUUGCAUGUUUUGUUCCUUUGCACCAGUUGCAGGGUUCAGCGCACUCCGUAUAUUACCAUUAACAUACUGCACUGCUCCACAGCACUGCAUCACUCCCAGCAUAAUAGACCUGCAUUUGAUCAUUUUGUUUUAUUUUAUUCCAAAACGCUGGCUUUUUAUUAUUAUUAUUUACACUCAAUGUGCAAACAUUUUGCAUAGCUCUGUAGAGUAUGAUCAAUUAUGUAAGCGAUUAUCUUGGCGAAAUCGUACAUUUUUGUAAAGUCAUUUGUAAAAACACGAUUAAAUCAAUAUGUAUGUCGAGAAUUAUAGUUAGCAAUAUGCAUGCUUUUAAUGCGACUUACAAAUGAUUGACAGAUCCACUCGAUGUCAUUUCGCAUUCCCAAAGAUACCCAGUCAACACUAGUAAGAAGUAUAUACUGAAUUCUACUUUGUAGUUGAUAUUAUUAAUAACCUAUCAAGUUUGGGCCACAACUUCAACACACGUUGGUCUACUCUUAUCAAUCAUGCCGGAGGGUCUUUGACAUCAAAUUCAUAGCUGCAGGUGCCAUUCGUUAAUGUACUGCAGCAUUAGCAGGUAUUGUAGUUUGCCUCUAUCACCGUAAGCAAGCCAUGACACACUUUAAGCUUAUUUUACCAUAGCAUCAGUACUUUAUAUGAUAUUUUUAAUCACUGCAAAAACUUUCUGGAUUUCUUCAAUAUUCCCAAUGGCACCACCUCUGAUUAUAAUCAUACAGUCUUUGGUUAUUUCGGCUAUUCAGUGCAACUCUAUAGGAUAGGUUAAUAAUUAUUAACCGAAUAGCCUGUAUGAUAUGCUUAGUGUGAGAAAACGUCCACAGGUUGAUAAUUGUUUUCUCAGAAAAUUCAGUUACGAUGCGCAAUGGCUUAUUAUUUUGUCAAAUAAAUGACCAUGCUACCAAUGGAUUUUUUCCAUCGCAUUAGGAAUGAAUGCGUCACCUAUUAAUGGGCAUGCUUCAAACCCCUUCAUUAGCAAAUGAGAUAUCUAGGAAGGCUGUUGUACUGCUUAUCUGUCAUCAAAAUUGUAAAUCGUUAAACCAACAACCUAUCGUUAAACACCAAUAUAUAUGAAUGACAUUCAUCACAAAAAGAGCGAAACGUUGACUGCUUGUUCACAUUAUCAACAAAGGUUUGAGAGCACAGCUAUGCAGUGAGUGUUUCUGCUAAUUAUCCUCAUCUGCCCGCAGUAACAAUGUACUAUUGUUUUACUUGGACAAAGAAACACGAAGUGUUUGACAAAAGGCAAGUCUGAAACCUAUUAAACAUAAUGCAAGGGACGGUAAGCGAUUAACUUUCAUUUCCUGUUUUAAAGGAAACUAUCUUCACUUCAUAGCCUUCAUUCCUCAGGCCAACAGAAAUGAGACACAUCUGACCAUCAGUGUCCUGUGCUAUCUUGCAAAUGUCACGGAAAUCUGAUUUAGUUUCACUCACGAUCGUGAGUAAAUUUCCCAUAAAGCUAUACUUUUAUCAAACGCAAAGGAGGAAUGUAAUUCACGUAUAAACAUUUCACCAUCUCCGCUUGACAACACAUGCUCGUUUCCUUUGAAUGAACACAAGCUGUCCCCUUUCUAAAUUGUAAUUUGUUGGAACAUGUGUGUGGUUUCUUUUUUGUAUGUUUUUUCCUUUCCCAGGCUCAAAAGUACAAUCGUGCCCAGAAUGCGUGCCAGGGUGUAGUUGUUCCAGAGUGUUGCAACGGUGCAAACUUGUCAAAGCUGCGCCUGCAGUGAGUCUCACUGGUAAAAAAAAAACUACUUUAAAAGGUCUAAAUCCUACAUCUGCUGCGAAACUUUGAAAUGUUAACGCUUCGUACAAGCGAGGGUUUUCUCCAGGCAUUCCACAGUUUUCUCUCACACGGAAUCCAAACACUCAACAUUGGAACUGGACAAACUUCCCAACGCAGGACACUAAUUAAAAAAAUAAAUAAACCUGAAGCUGAUGUUGUCUUUUCCGGAUAAACAAAGACCAUGCCACGUGGCUCUCGCGGUGUAUCAUUGAACCGAUUGUGUCUUUCUCUAAAGAAAAUGGUGCUGCUUCGUAAAAUUAAUGGAAAUAGUUACAGUACAUAAAUAAACAAGGGGUGUUUGUAUCACCAAAAGUCAAAUAACAACGAGUAAAUUGACUCAGUGUGCGAUUGCUUCAGUUAUGACUCCUUCACACAUCUAAGGUCUUAUACUCUAAAAAACUAAAGUCGCCUCUCUCCGAGAUUUUGUGGAACACAGUUUAGUGAUUGCUGGCGAUGGGAGGAUUAAACAACACCGCUUUGAAGGCACGUUCGUGUCUUAAGACAGAAGUAAGAUUGAUAGCUCGAUGACUUUUGCAUCUAAAAUCUAUUUUAUGGGGUAAAUAAUGUUUUCAUUCCUAUGGCUCUGCUGUUCAUUCGAUGCUGUCGUUAUGGUCAGUGUGGAGGUAAUUUUGCAUCGUUAAACGCCCUUCAUAACCUUAAUUACAUAUUCGAUGUAGUAAAGUAAUGCAGUAAAGAGCCGUGCAUUGGCUGUGUUGUAAAGUUCCUGAAACCGACAUCAACCUGUGCUAAUGAACAAUACACAACCUUUAAGUAAGUUCGCCGAAAUAAAUAACAAGUAAUUACAUUUGUUAUUUGUUUAAACUA